GGGUCCGGCUGCAGACCAAACUAGGAGGGACACCGGCCACGGAGACAGAGACCCCGACGUCGCGACCCCCGAGGACCUCCUCUCCUCGCUCUGUGGCACCCACUAGUCCUGGGCACUCAGCCGCGGAGAGCCCCCGACCCCGCGCCCCCAGCCCCGGGGGAGCCCGCCCUCGUCCCGCGGCCAGCCCGGGCCAUGCUCCCCCGGGGCGGCGACUGAGCCCCAGCCGGGACGGGACCGGGACCGGAGCCCGCGCGGAGCAUGGAUCCGGGCUGGGGGCAGCGGGACGUGGGCUGGGCGGCCCUGCUGAUCCUCUUCGCCGCCUCGCUGCUCACGGUGUUCGCCUGGCUGCUGCAGUAUGCCCGAGGCUUGUGGCUGGCGCGGGCCCGGAGGGACAGGGGCCGGGGACCCGCCUUAGCCGGGGAACCCGUGGGUUCCCUGCGGGAGCUGGGCGUGUGGCGCUCGUUGCUGCGGCUGCGGGCGACUCGGGCUGGCGCCCCCGAGGAGCCUGGAGUCCGAGGCCUCCUGGCGUCACUCUUCGCCUUCAAGUCUUUCCGGGAGAACUGGCAGCGGGCUUGGGUGCGAGCGCUGAACGAACAGGCCUGCAGGGACGGGAGCUCCAUCCAAAUCGCCUUUGAGGAGGUGCCCCAACUCCCACCCAGAGCCAGCGUCAGUCAUGUGACCUGCGUAGACCAAUCCGAGCAUACCAUGGUGCUGCGUUGCCAGCUCUCUGCUGACGAGGUGCGGUUCCCAGUCUCUGUGACCCAGCAGUCCCCCGCUGCCAUCUCCAUGGAGACCUACCACGUCACUCUGACACUGCCACCAACACAGUUGGAAGUCAACCUGGAGGAAAUCCCUGGUGAGGGGCUGCUCAUAUCCUGGGUCUUCACCGAUCAUCCAGAUCUCAGCCUGACGGUGCUUCCCAAGCUGCAGGCCAGGGAGAGAGGUGAGGAACAAGUAGAGCUCUCAACAAUUGAGGAGCUGAUCAAGGAUGCCAUAGUCAGCACCCAGCCAGCCAUGAUGGUCAACCUCAGGGCUUGCUCUGCCCCCGGAGGCCUGGUACCCAGUGAGAAGACACCCAUGAUGCCCCAGACCCAACCAACCAUUCCCAGACCUACCCGGUUAUUCCUGCGGCAGCUUCGGGCAUCUCACUUGGGAAAUGAGCUGGAAGGCACCGAGGAACUGUGCUGUGUUGCUGAACUUGACAACCCCAUGCAGCAGAAGUGGACCAAGCCUGCAAGGGCUGGACCCGAGGUGGAGUGGACAGAAGACCUGGCACUGGAUCUGGGCCCCCAGAGCCGGGAGCUGACCCUCAAAGUGCUGAGGAGCAGCAGCUGUGGAGACACCGAACUCCUAGGCCAGGCCACACUGCCUGUGGGCUCCCCCUCCAGACCGCUGUCUCGAAAACAGGUGUGCCCACUCACCCCAGGGCCAGGGAAAGCCCUGGGACCAGCAGCCACCAUGGCAGUGGAGCUUCAGUACGAGGAGGGCUCUCCCCGGAACCUGGGUACUCCCACCUCCUCCACUCCACGCCCCAGCAUCACACCUACCAAGAAGAUUGAGCUUGAUCGGACCAUCAUGCCCGAUGGCACCAUUGUCACCACAGUCACCACCGUCCAGUCCCGGCCCCGUAUAGAUGGCAAAUUAGACUCCCCCUCCCGCUCCCCGUCCAAGGUGGAGGUGACUGAGAAGACGACAACUGUGCUGAGUGAGAGCAGUGGCCCCAGCAAUACCUCCCACAGCAGCAGCCGGGACAGCCAUCUUUCCAACGGCUUGGACCCUGUAGCAGAGACAGCGAUUCGCCAGCUGACGGAGCCCAGUGGGCGGGCGGCCAAGAAGACACCCACCAAGCGCAGCACUCUCAUCAUCUCUGGUGUUUCCAAGGUGCCCAUUGCUCAGGACGAGUUGGCACUAUCCCUGGGCUAUGCGGCAUCCCUGGAAGCCUCAAUGCAGGAUGAUGCAGGGACCAGCGGAGGUCCCUCUUCACCUCCCUCAGACCCACCAGCCAUGUCCCCAGGACCCCUAGAUGCCCUCUCCAGUCCCACGAGUAUCCAGGAAGCAGACGAGACAACCCGUUCGGAUAUUUCUGAGAGACCGUCUGUGGAUGAUGUUGAGUCGGAAACGGGGUCCACUGGUGCCCUGGAGACCCGCAGCCUCAAGGAUCACAAAGUGAGUUUCCUGCGCAGCGGCACCAAGCUCAUCUUCCGCCGGAGGCCUCGGCAGAAGGAAGCUGGCCUGAGCCAAUCACACGAUGACCUCUCCAACGCGACAGCCACGCCCAGUGUCCGAAAGAAGGCCGGCAGCUUUUCUCGCCGCCUUAUCAAGCGCUUUUCCUUCAAAUCCAAACCCAAGGCCAAUGGCAACCCCAGCCCCCAGCUCUGAGGACCCUCCUCACCUCCUGCGCAAGGAAAGGGCACGAAUUCUCAGCCCAUUCCCCACCUCCCCUUCCAUUCCCCUUCCUGGAUCCCAAGCGCCUGGGCCAGGAAAGCCCUCUGGGUUCCAGGAAGCCCUGUCCACCCUGGGCCGUGGGGCCGAUUGGAAGGAUACUUGCAACGGGAAGCCCAUGAGAGGUCGAUACCCGUUGCCGAGGACAUGGACGAGGGACUGGUGGCUGGGGGGAGAGGAGGGCCCUGUCCAGCAUGUGUAGGCAUUCCCCAGAAGCCUUUGCCUCCUGCUGAGCUUGGUCCCUGAGCAGAGUCCCAGGGUGCUCAGCUCUUCAGCUGACCCUUCCUCCCUUAUUUAUUCUCUUUUCUAUUUAUAUGUGUGGCUUAGGACCCUCCGUGAACAGAUGCUAGAGGGCAUCUCUCCCAGGUGACCCUUCUUUUCUGUCCUAGGAGGGUGGGUGAUUCCCUUUGGGAUGGGGCUCCCACACCUCCCUCAGGUCCCCACUCAGACCAGCACCAGUGUCUGCCUCUGAGAAUGUUGGCAGCUCACAGAGAGCAGGGCCGGCUCGGGAUGGGGGGCAGGUACUCCCCACCUCCCUGCCUCCCCUCCUGCUCCUCAUUCCUCCCUCCCCGUUUAUUACCGUUUUUUUGUACUUGAUGCCUUCUCUGUGAGCAGUGGCUCUGUGGGAAGGAGGGAGCCUGGAGCCUGGUGGGAAGCCUUCCCCAGAGAGAUGGCUUUAGGGGCUUUAUUUAAAGACUGAUGAUGAAGCCAUGCGAGGCUGCACUUCUGUGUGUUGGGAGACGAUGAUGAUGUCCAUUGCUGUGUGAUGGCUUGGAAUUUAAUUUAUUAAAGUCAAAUUGAAGUUUAUAAA